UCCGUAUCAAUCUCAUCCCUCUACACAACUCACAGAGCACGGUCAACUUCAUCUGUUGAACUUUGUCCAUCACUGUGACCUCCAUCUUGCCUAGACAAUGGACCCAGAUGCACGACGAGGCAGUAUGUCUCCCGCAAGCCCGCAUGUCAAUCCACAGGCCUCAUUUCCUGCUAGUCCACGCAUCAAUCAGCAACAGGCCGCUUUCCCCUUAGUCCCAGCACCGGCCGUCAUGCCAAACUCAACCGUCCUGGCAGCAUCGCACCCACGACACACCAUCCCACCACCUCAACGUCUCACCGAUCCUCAUCCACCUGUCAGUGUUGCUGCAUCCGCUGAUGCUCAACCAAAAAUCAUCACACUCGACUUGAAGGAUGGGUCCGCCUACCAGGGUUAUAGCUUUGGUGCAGACAAGAGCGUUGCAGGUGAAUUGGUCUUCCAAACAGGUAUGGUUGGCUAUCCUGAAUCCAUCACAGAUCCAUCCUACAGGGGCCAAAUCCUGGUCAUCACCUUCCCGCUCGUUGGUAAUUACGGUGUUCCCUCGCGUCAGACACUGGAUGCGCUCGUCUCUGAACUGCCAGCACACUUUGAAUCCAUCGACAUUCAUGUCGCUGGUUUGAUUGUGGGUACUUACUCCUUCGACUAUUCCCAUUACCUCGCAGAGAGUAGUCUUGCCGAUUGGCUCAAAGAAAAGGGUAUUCCUGCCAUGUACGGCGUUGAUACGCGUGCAUUGACAAAAAAAAUCCGUAAUCAAGGCUCCAUGCUCGGUAAAAUGCUCAUGGCCAACAAGUCUGGGGUCUUUGCAUCGCAGCAAGGCAAUUGGCGACACGAAUUUGCCGAGCUAGAGUGGUCAGACCCAAACACGCGCAACCUCGUUCCUGAAGUAUCCAUCAAGAAAGCAGCAUUGUACAAGCCUGCACCGGAGCAUGCACUCCUGACCAGCGCUGGUAGACCCUUGCGUGUGCUGUGUGUGGAUGUGGGUAUGAAGGCCAACCAAAUUCGAUGCUUCGUCAAACGUGGUAUUGAAAUGAAGGUCGUCCCGUACAAUUGCGACUUUACCAAGGAGACGGAGUACGAUGGUCUCUUCAUCUCCAACGGUCCCGGUGACCCUGCACAACUCACUGAUAUCGUUGAACGACUCAAACAAGUCAUUGCUGCUAAGAAGACACCCAUCUUCGGUAUUUGUCUUGGUCAUCAACUGCUCUCGCGCGCUGCCGGUGCGCAAACCACAAAAAUGAAGUUUGGUAAUCGUGGUCACAACAUCCCUUGCACCAGUCGUAUCUCUGGUAAAUGCUACAUUACCUCGCAAAAUCACGGAUACGCCGUCGACCCAACCACCUUGCAGGGAGAAUGGAAGGAACUCUUCUACAAUGCCAAUGACCUCUCCAACGAAGGUGUCUACCAUGCUUCCCUGCCGUACUUUUCAGUACAAUUUCACCCAGAAUCAACGCCUGGCCCGCGCGAUACGGAGUUUAUGUUUGAUGUCUUUAUUGAUGUUGUCAAGCGAUCUGCCGAUGCUGGAACGCUACAAGCUGUUCAAUGGCCAGGCGGUACCCUUGAAGCCAACAAAGCUGCUCACCCACGCGUACACCCAAAGAAAGUGCUUGUUCUAGGAUCCGGUGGUUUAUCAAUUGGUCAGGCUGGUGAAUUUGAUUACUCUGGUUCACAGGCCAUCAAGGCACUCAAGGAAGAAGGCAUCUACACAAUCUUAAUCAACCCAAACAUUGCCACUAUUCAAACCUCCAAAGGAUUGGCUGAUAAGGUUUACUUCCUACCCGUCAACCCAGACUUUGUCCGUAAAGUCAUCAAAUAUGAGCGUCCCGAUGCCAUCUACGUCACAUUCGGUGGUCAAACGGCUUUAUCUGUUGGUAUUGCUCUCAAGGAUGAAUUCGAGGGACUCGGUGUCAAAGUCCUCGGUACACCCAUUGAUACUGUCAUCACAACGGAAGACAGGGAACUCUUUGCACGCAGCAUGGAGCAAAUUGGUGAAAAGUGUGCCGUGUCUGCUUCUGCAACAACAGUGCAAGAAGCUGUUGAAGCAGUCAAGACGAUUGGAUAUCCAGUCAUUGUGCGUGCUGCGUAUGCACUUGGUGGUUUAGGUUCUGGCUUUGCGGACAAUGAGCAACAACUUGUUGAUUUGUGUAAAGUGGCCUUUGCUGCAUCCCCGCAAGUAUUGGUGGAGAAGAGUAUGAAGGGUUGGAAGGAGAUUGAGUAUGAGGUUGUUCGGGAUUGCAAUGACAACUGCAUCACCGUCUGCAAUAUGGAGAACUUUGACCCCCUCGGUAUCCAUACCGGUGACUCCAUUGUUGUUGCACCCUCACAAACACUCUCCGAUGAGGACUACAAUAUGCUUCGAACAACGGCAGUCAAUGUCAUCCGUCACCUCGGUGUUGUGGGGGAGUGCAAUAUUCAGUAUGCGCUCAACCCCUUUUCGCGCGAGUACUGCAUCAUUGAGGUGAAUGCGCGUCUUUCGCGUUCAUCUGCACUCGCUUCCAAAGCAACCGGUUACCCGCUCGCCUUUAUCGCUGCAAAGCUUGGUCUCAAUAUUCCACUCAAUGAAAUCAAAAACAGCGUCACGAAGGAAACUUGCGCGUGCUUUGAGCCGUCAUUGGAUUACGUCGUUGUGAAGAUUCCACGAUGGGAUUUAAAGAAAUUCACGCGUGUCAGCACACUCCUCAGUUCCUCCAUGAAGUCCGUUGGUGAAGUCAUGAGUAUCGGACGUACAUUCGAAGAAGCCAUUCAAAAGGCCAUUCGAGCCAUCGACUACUCAAACUUGGGUUUCAAUGAAACAGAUGCUCUCAUGUCUAUCGACUCGGAGCUCCAAACACCCAGUGACCAGCGUCUCUUUGCCAUUGCCAAUGCCAUGCACCAAGGUUACUCGGUCGACAAGAUUUGGCAAAUGACAAAGAUUGACAAGUGGUUCCUCACCCGACUCCAUGGUCUCAUGACAAUGGAGAAGGAGAUUCAAAAUUACACAGCAGCAGAUUUGAGCAUGACCUUGCUGCGUAGCGCAAAACAAGUCGGGUUCUCCGAUAGGCAAAUUGCCAAAUUUGUGGGAUCGAGCGAAUUCGCUAUCCGUCGUAUGCGUGUCGAGACGGGCAUCACGCCUUUUGUCAAGCAGAUCGAUACGGUUGCUGCUGAAUUUCCAGCAUACACCAAUUACCUCUACAUGACAUACAAUGCUGUCGAGCAUGAUUUGACCUUUGACGACCAUGGCAUCAUGGUACUGGGUUCAGGCGUGUACCGAAUUGGUUCGUCUGUCGAGUUCGACUGGUGCGCCGUCACUGCUGUCCGCACACUUCGCAAAAAGGGUGUCAAGACCAUCAUGGUCAACUACAACCCGGAAACAGUCUCUACCGAUUACGACGAAGCGGAUCGUCUCUACUUUGAAAAUAUCACCAUGGAAACAGUCUUGGACAUUUACGACGCAGAGCGCUCUGGUGGUGUGGUCAUUUCCAUGGGUGGUCAAACGCCAAACAAUAUUGCCCUUGAGCUUCACCGUCAAAAUGUCAAGAUUCUCGGUACCUCGCCAGAAAUGAUUGAUACGGCAGAAAACCGCUACAAAUUCAGUCGUAUGCUGGACCGUAUUGGUGUUGAUCAGCCGACCUGGUCUGAGCUCACGAGUAUCGACGAAGCAGAUGCGUUCUGUGCCAAAGUGGGCUUCCCGGUCCUGGUUCGACCUUCUUAUGUACUUUCCGGCGCUGCCAUGAAUACAGUCUACUCACAAGAUGACUUGUCCAACUUUUUAAAGCAAGCUGCGGAAGUCUCUCGCGAGUACCCAGUCGUCAUUACAAAGUACAUCGAGAAUGCCAAGGAGAUUGAGAUGGAUGCAGUGGCAGUGGACGGAAAGAUGGUCAUGCAUUGCAUUUCUGAGCAUGUUGAGAAUGCCGGUGUCCACUCUGGUGAUGCCACACUCAUCCAGCCACCUCAAGAUCUCGACCCAGAGACCGUUCGUCGUAUUGAGAUUGCUACGGCCAAGAUUGGAAAGGCCCUCAAUGUCACUGGUCCCUUCAACAUUCAAUUCAUUGCCAAGGACAACGACAUCAAGGUCAUUGAGUGCAAUGUUCGUGCUGCCAGAUCAUUCCCCUUUGUGUCCAAGGUUGUCGGUGUCAACUUGAUUGAAAUGGCAACACUCGCCAUCCUCGGCUUCCCAGUCACGCCGUACCCGGAGGUCAAGAUCCCCAAAAAUUAUGUGGGCAUCAAAGUACCACAAUUCAGUUUCAGCCGAUUGUCUGGCGCUGAUCCUGUGUUGGGUGUUGAAAUGGCCUCUACAGGUGAAGUGGCAUGCUUUGGCGAAAAUAAGUACGAGGCGUACCUCAAGGCGCUGGUCUCUUCAGGCAUUCGCUUGCCGAAGAAGAACAUCUUGUUGUCGAUUGGCGGAUACAAGGAAAAAAUGGAAUUGCUGCCAUCCGUACAAAAGCUGCACAAGAUGGGAUUCAAGAUUUUUGCUACUGCCGGUACUGCAGACUUUAUUCAAGAGCACGGCAUCCCCGUCAAGUAUCUCGAGGCACUCUCUGAUGAACAAUCUGAGCAAAAGAACGAGUACUCGCUCACACACCACUUGGCCAACAACCUCAUCGACAUGUACGUCAACUUGCCCUCGGCAAACCGUUUCCGUCGCCCAGCAAAUUACAUGUCUAGCGGUUACCGCAGUCGUCGUCUUGCAGUGGACUACUCAAUUCCUAUCAUCACCAACAUCAAGUGUGCCAAGCUCAUGAUUGAAGGCCUUGUGCGACGCAUCCCAAUGGAGAUCACUGCGCUCGAUGCACAGACCAGCUCAGAGACAAUUGUCUUGCCAUCGCUUGUCAAUGUAUCUGCUUUCGUUGCCAACAUCACAGACCCUGCUUCCGAGGACUUUGCCAAGGUGAGCGAAGCUUCUGCUGCUGCAGGUUUCGGUAUGAUUCGCGUCAUGCCCAAUGGCGUGACCGGUGCUAUUAGCGAUGCAGCCACGCUUGCUGCCGUCUGUGCACAAGCUACUGAGGUUGCACAUUGCGACUUCAACAUUGCAGUGGGCGCUACCGCUGACAAUGCUCAAUCGCUCGGCGAUGUCAUGUCUGAGACUGGCAGUUUGUUUGUGCCCUUUAACAAUUUCUCUGGCAAUGUCAACAAGGUCACGGCUGUUGCCUCUCACUUUGGUGCAUGGCCUGACUCGAAGCCUGUUGUGACGGAUGCGAAAUCGACAGAUCUGGCGUCCAUUCUGCUGCUGGCUUCGUUGCACAACCGACGCGUCCAUGUGACGAAUAUCACGACUCAAGAUGAUAUUGCACUCAUUGCACUCGCCAAGGAGCGUGAUCUCAAGGUUUCUUGCGAUGUUGCCGUCUAUGCGCUCUUCCUGUCUCAAGCUGAUUUGCCAGAGGCGAAAUGUCUGCCCACGCAACAAGACCAGCAAGCGCUUUGGGACCACUUGGCCGCCAUUGACUGCUUCUCCGUCGGCAGCUUGCCGCUUCAAGUUGCCAAGUCUUGUGGAAAGGAAGUGGCGGCAGACUUUGGUAUUGCCGAGACUUUGCCACUCCUCUUCUCAGCUGUGGAUGAGGGACGUCUGACUGUUGAUGAUAUCAUUGCCAGAUUGCACGACGAUCCAAAACGCAUCUUCAAGCUGCACGACCAAGCUAAUUCACUUGUGGAGGUUGCUUCUGGACGUGCUGCAACAGCUCAAGGCCAUUGGUCGCCAUUCGGCAGCAAGCGAUUGAGCACGGUCGUACAUCGUGUCACACUUGCCGGCAGAACAGUGGCUCUGGAUGGUGUUAAGACUGACCGGUACAAGGGCGAGAACAAGUCGAUUGACCGACCCACCUCGUCGCGCGGGGCUUCUGUCAUGUCUCCUGUCAUGCGACCUCGUCAUGGUACAAUGACUACACACACGGCCGAACAGCUUUUGCUUUCGCCUGGUGGCAACCGUUCCUUGCAAGACUCUGCGUUCCCUGCGCAAGUACAGCUCAUUCCGGACCAGAACUUGGCCACGCUUGUACGCAACACGCCCUUCUCGCGCCGCCAUGUACUUUCUGUCAACCAAUUCACACGGUCCGACUUGCAUACAUUGUUUACGGUUGCGUCUGAAAUGCGGGUGGCUGUUGAGCGCGAAGGUGUCCUUGAUUUGCUCAAGGGUAAAGUGCUGACGACCAUGUUCUUUGAGCCGUCGACACGUACGAGUGCUUCCUUCGAUACGGCGAUGCAACGACUUGGUGGUCGUGUUGUCGCUAUCACUGCAAGUGCCUCUAGUGUCAAUAAGGGCGAGACUCUUGCCGACACUGUGCGUACACUCUCGUCGUAUGGAGAUGCGAUUGUCUUGCGGCAUCCAUCAGAGGACUCUGCAGAGGUGGCUGCCAACUUCUCGUCAGUGCCCAUCAUCAAUGGUGGCAAUGGUACAAAGGAACACCCAACACAGGCGUUCCUCGACCUAUAUACCAUUCGUGAGGAACUCGGCACUGUCAAUGGCUUGACUGUGACGUUUGUGGGUGACUUGCUCAAUGGCCGUACAGUGCACUCCUUGUCGAAGCUGCUACGCUUCUACGGCGUCAAAAUCAACUUUGUCUCACCGCCACAAUUGAGGCUGCCUGAUUCUGUUAAGCAGGAGCUGCUGCAAGCCAACGUACGCUUUGAGGAGCACGAGACUUUGACGGAUGUGAUUGCUGAGACGGACGUGCUGUACGUGACACGGGUGCAGGAAGAACGCUUCACAGACAAGGCGGAGUACCUGCGGCUCAAGGACUUCUACGUGGUCAACAAUGCCGUCUUGGCACGGGCGAAGAAGCAGAUGAUCAUCAUGCACCCACUCCCUCGCAACAACGAAAUUGCACCCGAGGUGGACUUUGACCCGCGUGCGGUGUAUCUCUCGCGACAGAUGCGGUACGGCAUGUUUAUUCGCAUGGCCUUGCUUGCAUGCUGCCUGGCAUAGACUGCUCCUUUGAUGUUUUCGCUUUCAAAAUGGCGUGUAGGGACAUAAUAGACUUCUACGAAAAUGGAUCCACCGUUGUAAUAAUUUCUGCUGCCCUU